CCCGAAUCAUUGCUUCUGAUUUUGUUAUAUAAUAUUUACGGAGACGUGGGGAACUACAGCGGCAGAAAAGAAACAAACAGCAACGGCUGUAGGAUGUUGAUGUGAUCAAAUUUGACACUGAAAGAUGGACCGGGAAAGAACAUUCCUCAGAAUGCAACGAAUGAUGGUAAGGUUUCUUAUCUUGAGGAAUUUUCAUAGGCCUGUAUGCGUUCUCAAUAUUAUAGAAAUUAUAAGAGCAGUUCUCAGUUGAUUUCCAAGAUUUUCGCAAUUCAGGUGGAAAGUUGUUAAUCGACAAGCUCUUGGUUUGGGUGAGACUUGAGAGGAAGUAUCAUGACAGGGUAUAUAGCAUGGAUUAGUUUUGAUUUUUUUAAGGUUGCUGGGUGAUACAUCAUUAGGAAAAAGAUGGGAAGUCUUCUUAAUUUUGAUCCCGCUUCAUUGAGUUAAUUACUUAUAGAUGUAAACAAUUUACUCAAGAGAGACGUAGCACAGGAAACUGGUCAAAGGUAUCAUAAAAUGCGAUCAGAAACCCCGGAAGCAGUUGGUAUUGAUUAUGAAUGCCCAGAAAUUGUAGAUCUCAGCGUUGAUUAUUUCAAGUUCUGAGCUGACUACUUUAAGUGUUACAUGGGUAGGAGAAGAGACACAAGAAAACGGCAUUUCAUAGCUAUGGCUAAUCAACCCUCCGGAGUUAAUUCAAGUCAUUCCAAUCAUUUUUUCCCCACCCCCGCGGCGAGUAGUUGAAGACUGACUUCUCCGUUUCGAUAUGUCAUUAUCCGGAGUCAACUGAGGUAAUUGCUGGGUUGACGAGCUCCGACGAAAAUUCAUUGGUCAACGGGUGUAUCAAAUUUUUGUGAGAGCUUGCAAAUUGUCCUGAUGUAAAUAGAGAAGCUGAGAAGAACUAUCAACCAAUCAGCUAUCAUUGUUUCUGCUUAGCAGCAUCAUAUUAUAUUGGCGAUAUCGCCAUUAAUUGUGGCUCCACUGGGAAAUUCAUAGCGUUUGAUGGGCGUGAAUGGAUCGGAGAUUCAGGCUCGGAGCUCAUCUCUUCAUCACGACCAAAAGGCAAGUCAGAGAGCUCAACUUCUGUCCAUAAAUCAUUCUCUGCUGACCCUGUUCCUUACAAGACUGCAAGAAUCUCUGCAACUCCUUUCUACUACAAAUUUCAUGUCAGCCCAGGUCAGAAAUUCAUUCGCUUACAUUUUCACCCUGCUCCGUACUAUGGUUUUAAAGAUUCAGAAGAUCUUUUCACGGUCAAAGCUGGCAAUUUCACCCUUUUAAGUAAUUUUAGUGCUUCACUUGCUGCUGAAGCUUUGGGAGGAAUUUUUUUUGUUAAAGAAUUUUGCUUGAACAUAGAGGAUGACACUGAUUUAAUCAUAACAUUCUCCCCGUCUGACAGUCGUAAUUCAAAGAAAGUGCAUGCUUUUGUGAAUGGAAUUGAGAUCAUUUCCAUGCCAACUGGUCUUUAUUACACCAUGGACCAUGAGAUGGGUGCCCGUAUUGUCGGCCUUCUUGAUCGGUUUGUUGUUAUUGACAAUAGCACUGCUCUUGAAUUGAUCGAGAGGUUGAACACUGGUGCUAGCUCUAUCUCACCGGUGGAAGACUUAGGACUGUUCAGGAGAUGGAAUGGAGAUGACAAUCACUUCCUAGAGACCGGGGUUGAUCGAGCGAGUCUUUCGGCACAUAGCAUUGUAUACACAAGCACGCGGGCAUAUUAUGCACCACCAAAAGUUUACCAGACGUCUUGGAAGUUGAAGCCAAACAUAGAAGUGCAAGAGGUUUAUACUUUCAGAUGGAGAAUACCAAUAGACAUUGGAUUUGGAUACUUGAUCAGGUUGCAUUACUAUGAUUCUGAUCCAAGUUUUAGGACAGGUGGUGGAAAAAAUGAGUUUAGUGUCCUUAUGAAUGGUCAUAUUGCUGAGACUAAGGUUGAUAUACUCAGUUGGAGUGGUGGCAGUGGGAUACCGGUUCAUAGAGAUUACGUGGUGAUGGUGAAGGGAGACAAACAAAGCGGCAAUUCUGAUCUCUUGAUUGACCUACGCUCAACAAAUGGAUUAGUUGCUGGACUCCUUAGUGGAUUAGAGAUCUUCAAGUUGAGCAACCCUGAUAACAGUCUGGCAGCUCCAAAUCGAGUGUCACAAAGAAGAAUGUCAUUCUCUUGGAAGCAAAAAAUCCAUACUCUCUUCAGUUUAAGCAAAAGCAAUGCCGUUAUGACUGGUAUUAUAAUCCUUCUUGUUUUGGUGAAUGCAUUAGUCUAUUACUUGAGGCAAACUUGGGGACCAAGUGUUCACAAGGGGGAAGCGUUACCGUUGUUAUCGAUUGAUCCAUCUUUUCGUUGUUUCUCACUUUAUGAAAUUCUAUUGGUAACUGAAAACUUCAGUGAUGCAUUUCUCAUCGGAAGGGGCGGAUUUGGAAAGGUUUACAAAGGGUUCAUUUCUAGCAUUUCACAGGUUGUUGCCAUAAAAAGGUUGAAUGCAAACUCCAAGCAAGGCCCUCGUGAAUUCUGGGCUGAAGUUGAAACACUUUCCAAGUUUCGUCACAUUCAUCUAGUCUCUUUGAUAGGCUACUGCAAUGAAGGCUCUGAGAUGAUCCUGGUGUAUGAAUACAUGCCCUGUGGAACACUUGCUGAUAAUAUCUACAAAUUUGCCAAAAAUGGGCAGGAUAGUGUUCAUCUUUGUUGGGAACAAAGGCUUAGAAUCUGCAUCGGUGCUGCUCGUGGCCUAGAAUAUCUUCACACGGGAACUGAAUAUGGCGUAAUUCACAGAGAUGUGAAAGAUACAAACAUCUUGUUGGAUGAACAUUUUGUUGCUAAGAUUUCUGAUUUUGGGCUAUCUAAAUUGGAGGAGUUGAGCGAAUCAAAGAGCUAUAUGACCACAAAAGUCAAGGGCACUUAUGGUUAUUUGGAUCCUGAAUAUCACAUGACUAGUAAGUUGACCAGAAAUGUUGACGUGUAUGCCUUUGGAGUUGUGAUGUUAGUUGUUUUAAGUGGGAGACCUGCAGUAGAUGUUAGAAACCCUGGGGAUUCACAGAGUCUUCUGUCAAGCUUCCGGGAUUGUGUUACAGAAGGGGACUUUGAGCCGAUUAUUGAUCCCAGGUUACAAGGGAGAAUUUUGCCCAGCAGUUUAAAAGAAUUUGUGUUAUCCAUCGAAAAUUGUUUGCAUCAUCAACCCAAGAAACGACCAACAAUGGCUCAGGUGGCAAGAAGCCUUGAGCUAGCUUUGGAGCAGCAGGAGGGCCCAACAAUUUCUGUAACUGAAGUUGUCGCUGAGAUGAGCAAGCUCUCUGAUGUUAAAGAUGCCGAGUCAAUGCAAUUCAGUCAGAGCCCUCCAUUUCCAACUAAAACCGAUGAAGCGCAGUUAAGAGAGAACUCCUCAACGGUGAAAAAAUCGAUAUGGGGCUGGCCCUGGAAACCAACUUGGAAUAGAGGGAAGCCGACUAAAAAAGCAGAUAUAGUUUCAUCAAAUGGAUCCAGUCCUCACUCCUCUGUGGAUCAACAACCAUAUCAUCUAGGUCCUUGUUUCUCAAAUCAGGAUAUCCAAGAAGCUAUUGACAAUCUUAGUGAUGGUAAUGGCAGAAGGCUCAAUUCCAGUGAUGAUUUUGAAGGAGUAGAUGGUAAAGGCAGGAAGGCAAGCAUAGGAUUUAUGAAGCAACUAGAAAAGCCAGUUAUCAUUUAUGAAUUCGUAUUGGGUCAUGAUCGUGCUUCAGAUGUAUUCAAGGAGGUUGAAGAGCUUUCAAAACUGAGACACGUGAACUUACAAACCUUGGUUGGGUAUUCUCUCGAUGAACGUGAGAAUCUGAAAUUCGUUGUGUAUGAGCACGUUGGCUUUGAGUCCCUCGACGAUCAUAUCUACCGAAGAAAUGGUAAUCCUCCCCUCUCAUGGAAGUGCAGGCUCGAUAUAUGCAUUGCUGUUGCUGAAGGACUUGCUUACCUUCAAGAAUGCAGUGGGCAAGCAGUAAACCAUCGUCACCUGGAGCUUGCAAAUAUUCUGUUGGAUAAGAAUUGGAUUCCAAAGAUUUCUCAUGUUUCUGAGUUUCUGUUGAAGUAUGCAAUAACUCAGAAUUUUUGGGGCUCGCCAGCAUCGGGGAUAUCAAUUACUAAAGAGUUUCAAUCUGGUUUUGAGGUAAGGGAACAUUCUGAUUUGAGCUCACUUGGUUUGUUGUUGGUAGAAGUUCUAUUUGCCAGACGGGUGAACCUUGAAGACUGUGGAGGGUAUUUUACUUCAUUGCGGAAAAGCAUCAACUGCAGGACGCUCCAUUUAACCAUUGACUCCAGUUUGAGAGGGGAAAUUGCAGCAAAAAGUUUAGCUGAGUAUCUGAAGACCAUAUUUUACUGCUUGCUUGCCAGCAUGCUUGCCAGCAAAGAAUCGCCAGCAUCAGUUGUUGCUGCUGCAUCGAAACUCAAGUCUGCUCUGGAGUUACAGCAGAAAGCAGAAUCAACCGUGCUACAAGCUUUGGAGGCUAAUGAAGGGAGUGGCAGCGGUUUCAGUUUAGAAGAUAUUUAUCAAGAGAUUUCCCCUCUUGAUGUUAUACUUCCAAAGAAGUGGCAUCCAAUAUAAUGGCUUGAUGUUUUUCCAGCCAUCGCCAAUGGGCUCUGUCUCCUGAUGCUGAUGGUAUCUUAAGACAUUUUUAGUAGAUAGUUUUUCUGAGACGAUUAUUUCUCCUGUUAAUAUCAUAUUAUUUUGGGAAAAAAAUAUCGCUCCUACCCAAAGUUUUGCUCUAGCCGUCAAUUAUACGGAAAAAAUGUCUUUCCUACCAAAAGUUUUGCCUCGUCGUCAAUUAUACCCAAUAGAUUUUCGGUUAGUCAACUUUACCCUAAUAUUUGAAAUUUUCGCCAAUUUCGUCCAAUCGGCCCAUUUUCCGU